AUGCAGCAGGUCCUGGCACAAGUCUCACUGACUUUUGUUUGCCCCCCACCUAUAGGCUACGCACUGGAGAAGAAAGUAGUCAAAAGCAAAGCAGGAGAAAAAGUCGGCCUGCUUUGUUGUCAUGAAAUUCCCAGCUCAGAAAGCCUACAUAACUACCGGGUCUACUGGCAGAAGAACAUCACAGAGGUUGUGCUUGCCUACGCGGACGGGAACAUGAUCUCCAAGCACAAGCGGUAUGAGAACCGGACAGAGAUGGACACCAGGAACCUCACCCUGUGGAUCUCCCCCGUGGAAAUCCUGGACAAUGGCUCUUACCAGUGUGUGGUUCAGCACCGCAGACGUUCGCAGAACUCAGUUGUGUGUGAUGAGCAUGUCACCCUCUUUGUUACAGCUGACUUCAGUAAGCCGAACAUAACAGCAGAAGUAUCCGCUCAUUCUUGCGAAUCAACUGAGAUGGUGGUAAGCUGUUCUUCUCAUGGAGGUUUCCCCAAACCCAAAAUCUCUGGAGUCCUCAACAACAUGUCCGUGGUGUGGAAUACCAGCUGGGUGUCCAUGUCCAGCCUCAGCCUGUACAACGUCACUGGCAAACUGUGGCUCAACGUGACCAAAGACGUCAGCUUCACUUGCUCUGUUGAAUACAAUGGCUUUGUCAAGUCCACCAGUUUGCUUCUGAAAAAAAAAGAUGAUUGUGUUGUCCCUACUGUGCCUCCAUCUUAUAAUGUCAUUACUGCUUCAAGUAUCAUCAUCAUCAUCUUCAUUUUGGCUAUCACCCUAGCAGCAAGAUACCUCCCAAGGCAUGUCUGUUCUCACUGUUGUAAGCCUCAGGAUUCAGUGGAAGAGGGUGUGAAAGAAUGUAUGAAGCCACCCGUAAGCUCUGAAGUGACAUCUGAAACAUCAUCUGUAUGA